GGUGAGACAAGGGACGCGAUGGUAUGACGAUUCUAACAACUUGGACGAACUGAGCAGGCUUUCGGCCGCCGAGCUGAGAGCCAUGGCGCUGAGGCAACAGGCCCAGAUAGACUCGCAGCAACAGCUUCUGGCAGCCAAAGAGCAGCGCCUCCGCGCCCUUCGAGCCCAAGAGGCUCGCGUGGGCGCCAACGUGAUAGCCAGGGAGCAAGAGAGGCUCCGGAGGCUCCGGGAAAGAGCAGAGGCUCAAGAGAGCAAAUUAAGGCGACUCCGGGCCCUUAAAGGACAAGUCGAUUUGCAGAAGGGAUACAAUGUUACACUGAGUAGUGAUUUGGACUCGAUCCGAGCCCUAUUCUCAGAAAAAGAAAAAGAACUAAGUGUAGCAGCCGCCAAAGUCGAGGCUCUGACUCGCCAAUUGGAGGAACUUAGGAGAGGGCGCCGAAACGGAGGUUCUGGAGGUGUACCUUCUGCAGGAAGCCCUGGAGGUGUCACUUUAAGCCCCACCAAUAAUGGAGGACACAUUGGAGGCGUUCAAGGAGGCCAAAGUGGCGGCGGCGGUGAGGUUUUGCACCAGGCUGUUCCUUCACCGGCUGCUAGGGAACUGGAGAAACUUAGGAGAGAAUUACUAUACCGUAACCAAGUAGCCCUCCAGCAAGAUGCUCGUCUCCAACUUCAAAGAGAAACUUUGCAUUUGCGAAGACUGGAACUUCGAAGUGUUGACAGAAGAAUUGCUGAACUGCAAGGACGUCUUCAUAGACAGAGGAAUGGACCACCAGCUCAAAGGUUGCCUGGUGUUCCUCCAAGGGGCAACGUAGCAGCAAUAGAGCCCUACAACCACACACCAAUCCACAAACCCCAAACCCAAACAGUGGCGCCCACCCAAAAUGAGGAAUCGCAGCAAAAACCCCUGUCGAAGUACAACCAGCCAACUUUUAACCACCAACAAGUACAACAGUCAAAUCAGAGUCAAACGAUAGCAAAAAGUCAGCAACAAACAACAGUUGACGAGGAUGAUGAUGAUAAUUUACCAGAGCCCCCGCCAAUUCCGCCGCCCAUGGUGACGGGGAGUGAAGUGACGGCGUCGCCGCAUCUUCAGAGAUUGUCGGAGUUUGCGUUGAAUAAAUCGGAUCCCAAAUACCAAACUUUGCCGUAUAAUACGAAAUUUUCGGUAAAUUAUGUUAAAAGUUCGCAGCAGAACAAUCUAGGCAGUGUUUUGCUGAAAAUGGUUGGUAAUGUUGAGCAGAAGGUUAAGAGUUUGGAGGAGGAUAAGUCGGAGAAGAAUGUUAUUGAUGGUUUGCAUGGGAUGACAGUACACUCCACGCCUUUAUCAGGAGCUAAUAAAAGCGUGGCGACUCCUUUAGGGUCACCAACGACCUCCGACACCACCAACCCUAACCACUUCACCACAUCCUCAUCAAUAGUAUCCCAGUCCUCAUUCCCUGCCAUGGUGACGUCAUCUAUGGUUUCUGAUAUGGUGACCCAGUCAUCAUCCCCAUCCAUAGUUUCUGGUAUGGUGACCCAAUCCUCAUCCCCAUCCAUAGUUUCUGGUAUGGUGACCCAAUCCUCAUCCCCCAUAGUCUCCGGUAUGGUGACCCAGUCCUCAUCCCCCGCCAUAGUGACAUCAUCCCUAGUCUCCGGUAUGGUGACGACGGUGGCUCAGUCGACGACUGUGGCGCAGCAGGCCAUGGCGCAAGUGACGUCGCCUUUAAAUGCACCAGUGAUGGCGGUUUCUUCGCCGGUGGUCAUGGGUGAUGUCAGUAGACCUCCGAGGCCUGUGGCGCAAAUAAAGUCCAUUGGGCGAGUUGCCCCUCAGAGUAAACAGACGAAUAAUAAUAAUACUCAGGUCAAACAACAACCGCCUCCAAGACCUCCGAGACCUCCAGUUUCACUCUCAGAAGAAAACGACAAAAAUAUUGCCAAUUCGAAUAACAAUAGUGUUGUAAAUAAUGUGCAAACAUCUCAGGACAACAAUAACAGCAGUUCAACAAAUCAACAAACAUCAGCACAACCUCCAAGUCAACAACCUGUUAUUAGGGCUCGUCCUUUAACAAUUCGAAAACAACCUGCUUGCGAGCAGCCUAAAUUGAGGAAACAGACGUCUCAGAUAUUAUCAUCUUCGACAACUGGAUUGGGCAAUUCUAACCACCAUUCUUCACCACCAGUGUCGGUACAUUCGACAGGUCGAAGAAUAGAAAUUCCACCAUCGUUUAUGUUUCCAGAAGUUAGAGAAGCCACUCCUACACCUCCUAUCAGGGAUCAAAGUCCUGUUCAGGAACAGGCUAAUGAUGUGUCCAACAAAUGUUCGUCUCCAAGUUCCAAUAUAACGCAGCAACAGCAACAAGCAAUUUCUAAAUCAAAAUUAUCAAGAAGAGUCAGUUUUGAUCCAUUGGCUUUAUUGCUGGAUGCAAGUUUGGAAGGAGAGUUGGAAUUGGUUAAAAAGACAGCAUCACAGGUUGCUGAUCCAAGUGCAGCAAACGACGAAGGAAUCACAGCUUUGCACAAUGCAAUUUGUGCAGGACACCAGGAAAUUGUCAAGUUUCUGGUGGAGUACGGUUGCGACGUGAACGCCCAGGACAGCGACGGCUGGACGCCACUGCACUGUGCAGCCAGUUGCAAUAAUCUGAUGACGGUUCGUUUCCUCGUCGAGAGGGGCGCUUGUCUCUUCGCGGCGACUUUGAGCGAUCGGGAAACCCCGGCGGAAAAAUGCGAAGAGGACGAGGAAGGGUUCGACGGGUGCUCGGAGUAUUUAUAUAGUGUUCAAGAAAAAUUAGGAAUUCUCAACAAUGGUGAAGUGUAUGCAGUGUUCGCCUACGAAGCAGGUCAGCCUGACGAGCUCACCUUUUCGUUAAAUGAAAAAUUAACGAUUUUAAGGAAAGGGGACGAGGCUGAAAGAGAAUGGUGGUGGGCCAGGGGCUCCAGUGGCGCCGAAGGAUAUGUUCCGAGGAAUUUAUUAGGGCUCUACCCAAGAGUGGAUCCUCCAUCUCAAGAAUAAAA